AUGAAGCUCCUGCCGUCUCUCUUGCUCGCCCUCUCCCUCUUCUCGGGCGCAUCCUUUGCCCAAGAGCCUGUAGCUACAGACUCUUCUACAAAGCAUGAAUACCAGUCCGACGUGGCUCGUCUCCGCAAGAUUGUCAUCGAGUCCCUCUACUCGCAUCGUGAAGUCUUCCUCCGAGAACUCAUCUCCAAUGCAAACGACGCCAUUGAAAAGCUUCGUCUCACCGCUCUCAAAGACAAGACCGUCUGGGAUGGCGUCGCACCACUCAAUAUCACCCUCAAGCUCGAGAAGAAUGAGGAAGGCGACGGUGGUCGACUCAUCAUCUCCGACACUGGUAUUGGCAUGAGUCCAAAGGAAUUGACCACCAACCUUGGAACACUCGCCAAGUCCGGCACAUCCGAAUUCUUGGCCAAAGCAGAUUCAAACUCUGGCUCGUCAAACGGAAAUUUGAUCGGUGCCUUUGGUUUGGGCUUUUACUCGUCCUUUUUGGUCGCAGACAAAGUCUACGUCGCUUCCCUCCCACCCGCAACAGAGGCAAACCCACAACCCGUCCAACACGUCUUUAGCUCGAGCGCCGACGAACCCAGUUUCGACGUCUACCCUGACCCGCGUGGUAACACUCUUGGACGCGGUACAGAAAUUACUCUCGUUCUCAAAAAGGACGCAUUGGAAUAUCUCGAAGAGGAGACUGUCAAGAGCUUGAUCACCAAGCACUCUGGUUUCGCAUCCUCGUUCCCCGUCUAUCUCUUUACCAAGCGCAUCGAAGAACAGCCGAUACCCCAGGAUGAACUCGACCAGGCCACCGAGGAAAAGAAGGAAAAGCCAAAGGUCGAUGAUGAUGAGGUUGUCGUCGAAGAUGCCAAGGAAGAAGAGCCAAAGGAGAAUGAGGUCAAGACUCGUCAAGUUACUGUCGAAGAAUGGGUCCAUCUCAAUGAUCAGCCUCCUCUUUGGACUAGGGAUCCCAAGGAUGUCACCGACGAAGAGUACAAGAACUUUUACAAGGCGACUUUCAAGCAGUACCAGGAUCCCAUCCUCUGGCACCACUUCAAGGGUGACUCUGGACCCGUCAGCUUCCGCGCCUUGAUCUACGUCCCAUCCACUCUCCCCGAAGACUUCUGGCAAUCUCCUCAAACCGCUCAACAGGACACCCGACUCUUGGUCAAGCGCGUCCUCAUCACAAGCGAAUUUGGUGAACACAGGCUUCCCAAAUGGAUCAGCUGGGCCAAAGUCAUCAUCGACGCCGACGACCUCCCACUCAACGUAUCCCGUGAAACACUCCAGUCUAACCGCUUCCUCAAGCAGAUUAAGAAUAUCGUCAUCACCAGGUUUAUCCAGGUGAUGCAAAAGACGGCAGAGGAAGACGUCGAAAAGUACAAGGAGAUUCUCAAGGUGUACAACCCCAUUCUCAAGCUUGGUGUCAUCGAGACGGCUGCAGAGGGAAAGACGGGUAACCGUGACAAACUCUCGUCUCUUCUCCGCUUUGAUACGACGCUCCGCACUGGAAUCAGCCUUCAGGACUAUGUCGAUAACCGCAAGGAGGGUCAGAACCAGAUCUUCUUCCUCGCCAACAUUGGCCAGACGACGGAGAACAUGCGCCACUCGGUGUUUGUUGAAAAGCUCAUCGCCCGUGGUUAUGAAGUCCUCUUGAUGACCGACACCAUGGACGAAAUCUUUGUCUCUAAUCUCCGUGUCUGGGGCAAUAUGCGCUUCCAAGACGUCGCAAAGAAGGGUCUUCAAUAUGGUGAUGAAGAUGUUGAAAAGGAGAAGAAGGAACUUGAAAAGUUCAAGGAGGACUACAAGCCACUCGUCAACUUUUUCGUCAAGAGCACCAAGGAACAUAUCAAGGAUGGCAAGUCUUUUGUCAUCUCUAACCGCCUGGUCACGAGCCCAUGCGCCAUUGUCGUCGACUCGUUUGGAUACUCUGCCAACAUGGAGAAACUCCUCACCUCUCACGGAAAGAAGACGGCUCUCCAAGAAUACGCCAGCAAGCAAAAGGUGCUCGAGAUUAACCCUCGCUCCCCGCUCAUCGAAGGACUCCUCAAGCGCGUCAUGGCACUCCCAGUCGAAGAAGCUGAGCGUGACAAGGAAGAAGAGGCCGAACUCCGAGAGGUUGUUCAAAUCCUCAUCGACGGCGCGUUGAUUCGCUCCGGCUUCGAGGUCAUGGAAUCCAACAUCUUUUUCGAACGCGUCGAUCGCGCUCUUCGUCGUUCUCUCGGAGUUUCGGAAACGGCAAAGGUCGAGGUCGAGGUCGCACCCGCACCACCAAAGGCCGAGACUGCACCACCAGAGAUGGACGAGGUCGCCACCAACGCGGCUGAUUUCAUCGAGAUGCAAGAUUUCCGCGCAUCGCUGGGACCUGAGCUCGACCGUACGUUUGGUGGACCAAAGCUCAUGAAGAUGGACGCGAAUGGACCCAUUGAGACUGUUCCGAAUCAGGUUGCGUUUGAUGCGAAUGAUGUUCGGAAGAGAAUGGAGAGUGGUGAAGAGGUUGAUAUCGAGGGAAUGGUGGCGGAUGCCAUCAAGCCAAAGACGGAGCACACUGAGCUCUAA